CUUUCACACCCUCCAAUGAGCAUGCCCGUCCCUAACAAUAAUGUAGCAACUACUUUGUCUGAUUUCCACGCUGCCUCCUCGCCCCCAAUCGUCGUUCAUCAUCCGUCGCACUCGACACCCUCAUUUCUCUACGGGUCUUCUCCAACUCCUAGCGCUUUUCCUCCAGCGGGUUCUAGACCGCCUCGACCGUCAUUGAACCUUAGCCCGCCUUCCAGUCAAGCCGGUCACCAUCGAGCUUCCUCUGCUCCCCCCACACCGGCACCAUCUAGCUCGGGUCGUUCUGGUAGUGAAUAUCAGUGCAGUGGAGUCACCAAAGCUGGGAAGCGUUGCACGCGGAUGCUUAAAGCCCCUCAUCCUUCUAUCUUCCCUGCUGGAGAAUUCCAGAGAUACUGCUUUCAACAUAUCAAAGAAGUCGUCCAGCCGUCUGGUCAUAAUAUAAAAGGAAACUGGGUAGGAUUCAGUGAUUGGAUCCCCUCGUAUUUGGAUGAUGACACACGAGCAAACUUAAUGAACCAGAUGACGAACCCCAUAUCCGUUAGUGAUAAACCGGGGUACAUAUACGCUUACGAGAUAAGGGAUCCAAAAACACCAAAGGAGAUCCACAUAAAAGUUGGUAGAGCCGAGAAUCUUGUUAAGAGGCUUGAUCAGUGGUCGAAACAGUGUGGGUCCAGAGAAGUCGUUCUCCGAGGCUGGUGGCCCGGAAGCGUCGUUGACAAUGGAGACACCGGGCCAAGCUUACUGAAGGGGCGUGUCUUAGCCGGAGAGAAAGGAAAACAUUGUCAUCGUUUGGAACGAUUGAUUCAUCUCGAGCUGUCAGACCUGGUGGUUAACAAGGUGUAUCUACGACCCGAAUUCCUUAAAACACGGAAUGGUGCUCCCUCGGUGCCACCGCACAUUCGCAGAGAAUCAUCAUCAGCAAACAAGUCUCAAAGAGUGCCAUGCUCUGACUGUGGUCAGGUUCAUAAAGAAAUUUUCACCUUUACUAAAAUAGAAAAUGGUAGGCUGAAGGGCAAGGAAUGGGAUAUGAUAGUGCGCCCUGUUAUUGAAAAAUGGGGUAGGUUUGUUGAGGAUUUUACGUAGACCCUGAAUCCUGUGAUGCCUCUAUUUCGGAAGGACAUCUGAUUGUUCCUGUAUUAUGAAGAGAUUGUGAAGCAUGUAAUUAAUCAUGUACGGACCAGUUCAUCUGUAACUAUCAUUCACGACGAGCAAUCGAUCGAUU